AAGAGGGCGGGAUGGAAGAGGGUGAAGGGGGAGAUUGUCCCGGGUAUAUAACAAGCCGCGUCCGCAGUCACUGCUCACUCUUCCCAGACUCCGUCAUGCUGACACUUGGGCUGGUGUUGGUGGUGGUGUCGGUGGCAAGCGGCGCCUACGACACGCCCUCUUGCGACGGCCGCCAGACCAUCGUUCAUCUCUUUGAGUGGAAAUGGACGGACAUCGCCCUGGAGUGCGAGAGGUUCCUGGGUGACGCAGGCUUCUGUGCUGUUCAGGUAUCCCCACCCAUGGAACACGCCGUCAUUGGGGAGAGUGGGUACCCUUGGUGGCAGCGCUACCAGCCCGUCUCAUACAAGCUCGACUCCCGCUCGGGCAACAGACAGGAGUUCAUUGACAUGGUACAGCGUUGUAACGCCGUCGGGGUCAGAAUAAUCGUGGAUGCCGUGGUCAACCACAUGACGGGUCUCGGGAGGUCUGGCCAGGGCUCCGGCGGCUCCUCCUUCAACGCUGACAACCUGGACUUCCCCGGCGUGCCCUACUCCAACCUCGACUUCACUCCCCGGGACCUGUGCCCCUCGUCCGAUGGUAAUGUCAACAACUACAACGACGCUAACGAGGUGAGGAACUGCUACCUGGUGGGCUUGACUGACCUGUACGGCGGGAAGGACUACGUCAGGCAAAAGAUCUCUGAAUACUACAACGACCUUCUCGACAUCGGUGUGAUGGGCUUCAGAGUGGAUGCCUCCAAACACAUGUGGCCAGGGGACCUGGAAGCCAUCCAGGGGUUGACUAAUGACCUAAGCACCGCCGCCGGCUUCCCCAGUGGCCGGCGUCCCUUCUUCUACCACGAGGUGAUCGACCAAGGCGGAGAGCCCAUCAAGGUGUCCGACUACUUCAGUGUUGGACGCACCACAGAAUUCAGGUUCUGCUCCAAGAUCGCCUGGGGUAUUAACGACUUCAGUCAGUUGGCCAACAUCUACGACCCAGGGUGGGGGAUGGCGCCCUCCGACAAUGCUCUCGUCUUCGUCGACAACCACGACAACCAGCGGGGUCACGGCGGUUCUGGUGACGUCCUCACCUUCCAGCAACCGAAGGAGUACAAGAUGGGCGUGUCCUUCGCCCUGGCCUACGACUAUGGCUUCACACGCAUCAUGAGUAGUUACUACUUUGACAACUCAGACCAGGGCCCGCCAGGCAGCAACAAUGGAGGGUCCACUGACAGUGUCACCAUCAACGGUGAUGGCUCCUGUGGGGGCGGCUGGGUCUGCGAACACCGUUGGAACCCCAUCACCAAAAUGGUGAAGUUCAGGAACGCGGUGGCUGGCACUCAGAUUGCUAACUGGUACUUGGAGGGUGACAACGUCGCCUUCUCUCGUGGCGAUAAGGGCUUCUUUGCCAUGUCCAAGUAUGGCUCAUUCGACAAAGUUCUCCAGACUGGUAUGCCUGCGGGAACAUACUGUGAGUUAAUCAGCAGCUGUGCCAACACUGUGACGGUGAACGGUGAUGGAACAGCCCAGAUCACCAUUAACAACUCCGAGGAGCCCAUGUUUGCAAUCUGUGCCGGGUGUGACGGAGUUGGACCAACAAUCGACCCAAAUCACUCCACCAAGCCGCCCGUGACUGGCACGGCCAGGACGGUGGUGUUCGUCCACGAUCAGACCAGCGUGGGCCAAGACCUCUUCAUCCGUGGUGGCAUCGACGGCUCUCAACGGCCAGGUUGCACCGAGAACGCCGAGACAGACGCCUGUGCCAUCGACAUCACUGUAAGCAGUCUGGGGAGCGAAGUCCACUACGCUAAGUACGACGCCUGGCGGGUGGGCGAUACCAAGCUGGACUGGUAUGGUGCACAGGCCAGCCAGGGCUCGUAUCAAGGACAGACAGCCUUCGGCUCGCCACUCGCAUGGACUACUAACGUCCCGGGCAAUGCCGGGUACCAGGAGCUGAACACGUUCGGUGAACACUACUGGAUGAUCGACAUGGAGAUGGAUUGUGAUCAGACUGAGAAUGGUUGGUUUGAGCUAAAGGCGUUCCUAUCCAACGACGGCGCAGGCUGGGAGACCGACGUUAAUCAGGUGUCGUCGUGCUCUGGUGAUGCCGGUGGUGCCAAGCCAUACACAUCCAGUAACCAUCUGGGCCGUUGCGGUUACCUCAACGUAUUUCAGUUUUCUGGGUCUUCCUGCCAGAUAAAUUCACUGCCGUGAUGCCUUUUGGAGACCGCUGGCAUUGCCAUCACACCUACACUCUUGGAUCACCGGCUUCUGUCUACAUAGUUGAGAUGUGUGACUAAUCCUUUAUCUGUUUACUGGCAUUCAUCGUCUUAUGUAAACAAAUUACCAUCAUAUUAAAGUCAUAAUAAAUAUAAAUAUAAA